AUGUCACAUGCAGGACAACGAUUUAGUUCGUUACGAAUGGAUAUUGAGAGUGUAUUAAAACCAUUUGAUGAUGAACGACAAUAUUUAAAAAAACUCCGUAAAUCAUCUGCUAUUGAACCAAUUUUAUUUCGUUUAUUUGAUUUAUUAAAUGCUGAAGAUUAUCGUUUAUUAUUUUCUUCAAUAAAUCGACAAAAAUUAGAUUAUAAAUGUUUAGAAAUAUUUAGUAAAUUAUGUAUGAAACGUUAUUUAGAAUUAGAUGAUAUAUUUUUUUCGGAAAAUAAUUUUCCUAAUAAAAUUAAAUCAGAAUUAAAUAGAAAAAUAAUAUUUCAAACUUAUAUUAAUUAUCUUAAAGAUAAUUUUAAAAAUUUUUUUUCUAUUCAUUAUUUUCAUGCUAUUAUAUAUGAAUUUGAACAAUUAAAUAAUUUUAAAAUAGAACAAAUAUCAAAACAAUUAAAUAAAAAUAAUGAAAUAAUUCAAAAAAUUUUUUUAUCAUUUAAUAAUAAUAAUAAUCAUCAUUAUCAUCAAUUUAAUGAUGAUUCAAUUAUACAUAUAAGUUCAACACCAGCACAACCAAUUCAUCUUAAUUAUAAACCAAUACAUAUGAUUUAUAUACAUACACCUGUUCUUAUAAAAAAUGAUCAUAAUUUACAAUUACCAUCAAAAGGUUUAAUAAAUACAUUUGUUUCUGAUUUAAUGAAUACAAAAAUAGUUAAUAUUCUUAAUGAAACAACAAAUAAAACUUAUGAUAUACCGACAAAAUAUUUAUUUUUUGCUCAAUCAUGUGAAAAAAAUAUUAUUUUACCAUUAAAAUUACGUGUACUUAUUAUUGAUUCUCAAACAGGACAAUAUCGUUAUGGUUUAAUUAGUGAAGAACCAGGAAAAAAUAAUAAUUAUCGUUGUUUAAUAUUUUUUAUUGAUGAUAAAAUAAAUAUAUCAGCUAAUUAUUAUUUAUCAUCUGAUAUUCAUAUUUGUCUUGAUCAAACAUUUGAAUAUGAAAAUGAUUUUCUUAAUUGUUAUUUUAAAUCUUAUCCUGAACGUAUGAUGUUACGUGCUAAAGAAGGUACAAUUGUUAAAAUACGAAAUAUAUUUUCAACAAAUAAAAAUUUAUUUAUACAAGCUAUUGUUAUACAAAUUGAUUGUUCAAUGAUGUUAAUUGAAUUAAGUCAUACAAAACAACGUAUAUGGAUUUAUCGUGGUUCAACAUUAAUUGAACAAAUGAAUAAUUAUUAUUCAACACAAAAUAAUAUUGAUAAUAAUAGUUUUAGUAAACAUUCAGCUAGACAACAUUUAUCAGCAAGAAAAUCAAAUGCACCUGAAAUUAUUUGUCUUAAUGAUCAAAUGAAAACAAGAAAUAUACGAUCGGCUGAACAAUUAAUCGAGGAAAUAAGAUCUGUAAAACGAGCACGAAUAUCAUCCAAACAAGAUGCACAAAAAUCAUUAUUAAUACAAACAGAAACUCAUACAUUUCCAUCAGAUCAACAAAAUAAUACUUCAACAACAGAAUCAUCAAAUCACGUUAUCACAUCAGUACAAUUACGUUCUAAUCAUACAAAUACAAAUCCAAAAAUUAUAAUUAAUCCAUUAUUUCUUGAAUUAGCUGGAAAUUUUCUUUUACAUUAUUCAAAAGAUUUUAUUCCACAUUAUUGUUCAAAUAAAUGUGUUAUGUAUGGAGAAAAAUAUUUGAAUCAAUUAUCAAGAACAAUGAAUCCAUUUUUAAAACCAAUUGCAUGUCAAUGGACAAUACUUGAAACAGUACGAAUAAAAAAAGCUAACGAUAUUCGUGUUAAAAAUUCACGUCCAAUUAUUAUUUAUUGUUCACCAUGUGGAAGAAAAUUAUUUAAUGAAUCUCAAGUUGAUAAUUAUCUUCAUUUAACAAAUUCUAAAUUAUCAAUUGAAUUAUUUGUAUUUGAUAGUUUAGUUAAUAUAAGACAAUCUUAUUGUUCCGAUGGUAAAAUAAUAAGUUCAGAUAUAUCCGAUGGACAAGAAAAUGUUCCUAUAAUAGCUGUUAAUGAAGUUAAUAAUGAUAUACCAAAUACAUUUACUUAUCGUGUUGAACGUACACCAGUUAAAGGUGUUAAUAUGAUUGUUAAUGAACCAACAAUGACAUGUUGUUCAUGUACAGAUGGUUGUAGAAAUAGAAUUCAAUGUGCUUGUUGGUUACGUACAUUAAAAUAUGCUGAGUUAGUCGGUGAUGAACGUAUUAAAUCAAUGAGAGCAAAACAUAAAAGUCAAGCUGAAAUUCUCUAUCAACUUGGUUAUGGCUUUCGACGUUUACAUAAAAAUGUUCCUGGUGGUAUUUAUGAAUGUAAUAAUAAAUGUUCUUGUAAUAAACAAACAUGUUCAAAUCGAGUUGUUCAAAAUGGUAUUAUUGCACAACUUCAAUUAUUUAAAACUGUUGGUCGAGGUUGGGGUGUACGAACUUUACAUGAUCUUCCAGUAGGAACAUUUAUUAGUGUUUAUUCAGGUGAAAUAUUUACUAGUGAACAAGCUGAUGAAAGAGGCAAAUUAAUUGGUGAUGAAUAUCAAGCAGAUUUAGAUUUUUUUGAGAAUAUUAAUAAUGAUUCAGAAGAUGACGAAGAUGAAGAUGAAAAUAGUGAUAUACAUUCAGAAUUAGAUAAUGAUGAAGAUGAAGAAAAUAAAAUGCCUUCAUCAAAUAAUGAAUCAAGAAGUUUACGUUCACGUGAAUUAUCCAAUAAAAAAGAUCGAAAAAAAUCAUCGAAAUCAAAACUUCAUAAGAAAAAUAAAACUUCUACAUUAAAUCGAACAUUGUUACCUGAUUACGAUGGUGUUGUCUAUACCCUUGAUGCUAAAUUAAUCGGUAAUAUUGGACGAUAUUUUAAUCAUUCAUGCUCACCAAAUAUUGCUGUACAAAAUGUUUUUGUUGAUACACAUGAUAUACAUUUUCCAUGGAUUGGAUUUUUUACUACAAAAACAAUUCGAGCAGGAACAGAAUUAUGUUGGGAUUAUAACUAUACAGUAGGUGAAAUAGCCGGUCGUCGAAUGGAUUGUAAUUGUGGUUCAUCUGAAUGUCGUCGUCGAGUUCUCUAG